AUGUCUAAAGCAAAAGUUCUUCUUGUUGGAAUGGGAGGCGUGGGGUCCAUUGCGGCCUACUCUCUCGAGAAAGCAGGCAAGAGCGAGGUGACUGCUGUCGUCCGGUCUGACUACGACACUCUGAUCAAGGAGGGCUUCGAGCUGCAGUCCUGCGACUAUGGCAGAGUCGACGUGUUCCGUCCAACCAACAUCUGCAAGAGCGUUGUCGAGGCCGUUUCCAAACACGGUCCGUUCGACUUUGUGGUGUUUUCGAUGAAAAACACGCCGGACGUGCAACCAUUGAACCCUUUCAUUGAAGAAUGUUACCAUGACGAUCUGGGAAUCGUGCUUUUGCAGAACGGAUACGGCAUCCACAAGGCGGUGCUGCAAGAGUUUCCGUCGGCAUACGUAAUCUCCGGGGUGUCGAUGAUCUCGUCGACUUUGUAUGGACGCACGGUCAAGCAGGUAGGCCCGGAGUCGGUCAAGAUCGGCGUCUGCGACAACGGAAAAAUUGACUACGGAAAGCAGGAAAAAAAAUGCAAGCAGUUCAUCGAGCUGUACUCGACGGAUAAGAACGACGUCACAUUCGACGAGAACGUCAACUACACGAGAUGGCGGAAACUAGUCUACAACGCCACCAUCAAUUCCUCGUGUGCGUUGACCAACGUUGAUAUUGGCCGUUUAGCGCUGUUUGGCGGCGUCGACUCGAUUGUGCGUCCUGCCAUGGCCGAAGUCCUGGCAAUUGCGAAGAGCGACGGCGUCGAGCUGCCAGAGUCGAUAGUGGAGUUCAUGAUCCACUCAGACGACCGCGAGUGGUAUGCUCCCUCCAUGCUGGUGGACAUCCGUAAAGGCAACUACACCGAGUACCAGGUCAUUUUGGGCAACGCUUUGGACGUGGCCAAGGAAAACGGCAUAGCCGCUCCAGUGCUGACCGUUCUGUACAACUUGUUGCACGUGAUACAGUGGCGCACCAUGGAAGAGAAGCACCGCUUCACUUUGCCAGAGAGGAGGCCGCUGCCGCAGGAUAAUUUCAGAAUAGAAUUCAAAUGA